ACGUGUAGCCCUGACAGAGCCGGCAAUGAGGUGCCACUACGAAGUGCUGGGGGUCCGCAGGGACUGCUCGGAUGAGGAUCUGAAGAAGGCUUACCGGAAGCUGGCUCUGCGCUGGCACCCAGAUAAGAACUUGGACAACUCAGAGGAAGCUGCCGAGCAGUUUAAAUUAAUCCAGGCUGCCUACGAUGUUAUUAGUGAUCCCCAGGAGCGAGCUUGGUACGAUAAUCACAGAGAUGCCCUGCUGAAAGGUGGGGUGGAUGGAGAAUACCAAGAUGACAGCCUGGAUCUGCUCCAGUAUUUUACUGUAACCUGUUACUCUGGCUACGGAGAUGAUGAAGAGGGAUUCUAUUCCGUUUAUCGGCAUAUCUUUGAACUGAUAGUGAAAGAAGAAAUGGAGAAUAAAAUCGAUGGGGACUUGGAGGAAUACCCGUCGUUUGGAGAUUCACAGAGCGACUAUGACACGGUAGUGCACCUGUUCUACGCUUACUGGCAGAGCUUCUGCACAGCUAAGAACUUUGCUUGGAAAGAGGAGUACGACACCCGGCAGGCUUCUAACAGGUUUGAGAAACGGGCCAUGGAGAAGGAGAACAAGAAGGUCCGAGAUAAAGCUCGUAAGGAGAGGAACGAGCUGAUCCGGGAGCUGGUGGCCUUUGUAAGGAAGAGGGACAAACGGGUACAGGCCCAUCGCAAGAUGGUGGAAGAGCAGAAUGCAGAGAAAGCCAAGAAGGUGGAGGAGCUGCGUAGGCAGCAGAAACGGCAGCAGGCAAAGCUUGCCGAGCAGUACAAAGAGCAGAGCUGGAUGGCCGUGUCAGAACUGGAGAGGGAGCUUCAGCAAAUGGAAGCUCAGUAUGGGGCACAAUUUGGGGACCGAUCGGAUGAUGAUGCUGAAGAUACAGAAGAGCAAAGAGAUGGGCAGAAUGGUAAAGCGAGCGAAGAAGGGGAGGAAGAGGAGAUGUAUGACGACCUUUACUGUCCCGCUUGCGACAAAGUUUUUAAGACUGACAAAGCAAUGAAGAACCAUGAGAAAUCGAAGAAGCAUCGGGAGAUGGUGGCCCUCCUGCGGCAGCAGCUGGAGGCAGAGGAAGAGGAGUUUAGUGGCUCGGUGGAAGAAGAGGACAGUCAGGCCCAGAAUGGAGAAGCAGAAAUCUCUUCUGGAGAGGAGGAAAUAAAGGAAAUGCCAAAGCUUUCCAAAAAGCAAAAAAAGAAAAAACAGCAGAAAUCAAAGGCGUUGGAUGACAGCACUGAUGGGGAGCAGGCUAUUAAAGACAACCCAAAUGGACACAGAGAGGGGAAUAGCCCAACGUUGGUUAGUGCAAGUGAGGAGCAGAAUGGCGUUGCUUCAGACCCGGGCACUGAGGCUGAGCCACAGAUCGGCAAUGUAAAACCAGCACCCAAACUGAAGGGUAAAAAGGCAAAAGAGAUGAAGAAAGCAGCCAAGCAAGCAGCAGCCCCCCUGCAAGAUGAGGAGAAUGAGGCCCCCUUGCUGUGCAACACGUGUUCCACGGAAUUUCCAACUCGAAACAAACUGUUCAGUCACCUAAAGACUACCGGGCACGCACUGGCAACCCCUAACCCUGCAGCUAGUAAUACAGCGCCCAACAGCAGGAGCAAAAAAGACAAACGUAAAAACAAAUAAAACUCUGGAUAAAAAAACAAACUGAUGUAACUGGAAGAUGCACAUUGGUCUCCGCUGUUCCUCAUUGGCUGACUUAUACUGACUUGCAAAUUGGGCAGCGCUGCUGGGGCUGGAGGUGAGCAGUAUCCGGAGCAGAUAUCGGAGCAGGAAAUGGAUGAUAUAAAGAAUUGAUGCUGGGAGAAACCAUGGCCGUCCCACUGUUCUGCACAAAUUGUCUAAUCACGGUGCUUGAUGCCAGUUUCUGCUGGGGAUUAUGGGGGUUUCCAGAUGGGAUG